UCGUAUAAGGACGUAACGAAUGUCGCGCUGUUACCAGAACGACCGACGGCCGUGUUCGGCGGGUAGGAGGACGGGUUCGAGGAAAGUGCCGAGGAGAUGUUACUACCACUGGCCAUUAUGGAGCCGUUACUUGAGGCAGCCUUUAUCCAUUAACGUCCGGGACGACGUUGCACAGAAUCAUUGCAGUCUCACAGAAUUCUGGUUCUGCUUGAACUUGCGUAACUUGUGUACCGAAUCUCAAGUGUCACGAAAACGCUCCGAUCUUUCCAUUGGGUCACAACCCCCAUCCAUCGCAUCUGGACAUUGUGUAGUAGAACAACCUGCACCUAUCCAACCUCGUACAACGCGAAGCGAUGUUUUCCAAGUCUUCGAAGUAUCGUCUCGGCACACCACGAGAGACUGGUCUGCGAUUGACGAAGGAGGUUGAAGUGCCAACCAGGUGUCUGCUGUUACGCAAUACCGCAUGGUCGAGUUGCGGCAGAGUUGCGACCGGUGUGAAUGAUACGAACGUUGCACAUGGUGCGGAUGCGGGAGACUAUCACUAUUGCAGUGGAACGUAGAAGAAAUGUGGGUGUUGAC